ACUCCCGGAAGCGGCGCCCGCGCCGCAGGGUGUGACUGGGCGGACUCGAGCGCCGCGCUUCGCCUCAGGUGCUGGCUGGCGGCGAGGAGACGACAGCCGAGGGUGGCGAGGGCGGCCAGGGUCCACAGCCCCGGGGCCAGGCCGGACCGCGAGGGAGGCGCGGUCAGAGGGCAGAUCGCGUCCGUUUGGACUCCAUCUCUGCUCGCCCUGAUAUAUGUCCCCUUUCCCUGGCGCUCACUUCGUGCCUGCCCCGGGUUGGGAGCCUCGACCGUCAGCGGGUCGAUCCUUCCUUUCAUCUUUGCGGUGGGUAUCAUCACCCUCUUUGCCUUUUUUUUUUGGUGCGGAGAGGCCAAGUGACUUGGCCGAGGUCUUUUCGUGAGUACAGCAUUUUGCCGACUAGCAAGCACGUUCAUGUCUGUUCUACAGACAUCUUCACUUUAGAGAAAUGUCUGAUCUUAGAUUCUCCUCACUUCUGCCCCACUGUACUCUCUCAACUGACUGCGUAGAUCUGAACUAGGCCUAUCUUCUAAAACAGGACAUAUCAUUAUGUCAGUUUCAGAGAUGUCUUCCAGAAGUCCCAAAAGUUUAAUUAAAGGUAAAUGGGGAUUGAAGCCUAGUAACUCCAAAUCAGAAACUGCAUUAGAAAAAUUUAGGGGAGAAAUUGCAGCCUUAAAAACAUCAGUGGAUGAAAUCACAAGUGGAAAAGGAAAGCUGACUGAUAAAGACAAACACAGACUUUUGGAGAAAAUUCGAGUCCUGGAAGCUGAGAGGCAGAAGAAUGCUUAUCAUCUCACAGAGAAAGACAAAGAAAUACAGCGCCUCAGAGAGCAGCUGAAAGCCAAAUACAGUAGUACUGCAUUGCUUGAACAGCUGGAAGAGAAAACAAAGGAAGGCGAAAGGAGGGAACAGCUGUUGAAAUCCUUGUCUGAAGAGACAGAUGUAUUGAAAAAACAGUUGUCUGCUACAACUGCAAGGCUUGCUGAACUUGAGAGCAAAGCCAGUACACUUCAUUUAUCACAGACUGUGGCCACAAGCUGCUUCAACUCAUCAAUGAGUAAUAUUCAUGAAAUGGAAAUACAGCUGAAAGAUGCUCUGGAGAAAAAUCAGCAGUGGCUUGUGUAUGAUCAGCAGCGGGAGGUCUACGUAAAAGGACUUUUAGCCAAGAUCUUCGAGUUGGAACAGAAAUCAGAAACAGCUGCUCAUUCACUCCCACAGCAGACAAAAAAGGCUGAAUCAGAAGGUUAUCUUCAAGAAGAAAAGCAAAAAUAUUACAACCAUCUCUUGGCAAAUGCAAAAAAAGAUCUUGAGGUUGAACGACAGACCAUAACUCAGUUGAGCUUUGAACUUAGUGAAUUUCGAAGAAAAUAUGAAGAAACCCAGAAAGAAGUCCAAGAUUUAAAUCAACUGCUGUGUUCACAAAGAAAGGCAGAUGUACAACAUCUGGAAGACGAUAGGCAUAAGACAGAGAAAAUACAAAGGCUCAAGGAAGAGAAUGAUAUUGCGAGGGAAAAGCUUGAAGAAGAGAAGAAGAGAUCUGAGGAGCUCUUAUCUCAGGUCCAGUUUCUUUACACAUCUCUGUUAAAGCACCAAGAAGAACAAACAAGGGUAGCUCUGUUGGAACAACAGAUGCUCGCAUGUACUUUAGACUUCGAAAAUGAAAAACUUGACCGUCAAAAUAUGCAGCACCAACUGCACAUAAUUCUUAAAGAACUGCGAAAAGCAAGAAAUCAAAUAACACAGUUGGAAUCCUUGAAGCAGCUUCGUGAAUUUGCCUUCACAGAGCCAUUAGUCACUUUCCAAGGAGAGUCCGAAAACAGGGUAAAAGUUGCCUCACCAAAAAGUCCCACUGCUGCACUAAAUGAAAGCCUGGUGGAAUGUCCCAAGUGCAAUAUACAGUAUCCAGCCACCGAGCAUCGAGAUCUACUUGUCCACGUUGAAUACUGUUCAAAAUAGCAAUAUAAUUAUUCUUUGUUUUUGUGGCAAAAGAUUCAAUACUGUAUCUUCUGUUAGCUUAUGGACAUUUUGAAUUACUUAUUUCACCUCUUCUAUAAGAAACUGCCUCUCUACCUUUGAGACUCUGGCAUAGGAGUGAAUCAUUGUAUUUUUUUUUUUUUUUUUUUUUUUUGGCCGCUUUGCAUUUUCCUUGGUAGUGAUACCUCUCUGAGAUGGUUCAUCUUCAGGCUUCAGUGACGGCAUGAGAUGAGCUGAGACAACUAACAUUUUGCACUGUUAAAGUACUUGAUAAGGACGAGAUAGUUCAGGUUAUUGCUUGUGGGCUUAAUCUGUUGCACCAGCAAGCAAAUAUUUUAUGUUUUUUGUAGGUUUUUAAAAGUCAAAGUUAAUUACCCAGGAUCUUUGUUGGCUUUUUGUUUUUUUAUUCAAACUUCAUAAACCUACAAUUCCAAUUUUUAUGUCCAUUGUUAAAAGCUGGUAAUACUUUUUACAUUUUUUCCUCUCUAUAAUAAGGCGGUUAUUAGAAAAGUUGGAAUUUUUCUUGAUCUUUUUUUGCAGAGCUGUGUUCUAAUAGAAGCACAAGGCAGAUUCUGCUUAAGCAACACUCCUCAGUAGCCACACACAAUGUUUUCUUUCAUAUUAACUGGCUGUAACUUUAACUUGAAUUUCAUUAGCACAGGUUGCUCACUUAAAGUUGUUAAAAUGAAUUUUAACAAAGCCAUCUAGCCCUCUCAUUUGAUUUGCAGGUAUUUUAUUUAUUUAUUUUUGGCACUCUUAAAGUUGGGCAAUGUGGUGAACAUUUGCUUAUCUGAAUAUAUAUUUUUAUAUGUGUGUGUGUAAGCCCACAAUUUUUUUUAUUUCUUCAGGUUUUCUAAAAUGCUGAAUAUGGGCUACUGUUAGUAAUAUAAAGGAGAAAAGAAUAAAAUUAUUUAAUAAGUUUUAA